AUGACCGCCGAGUUCUGCUCCAAUCUGAAGAGCAGAGUGAGAAGAAGCGUUGUAAGAGUUACAACAUAUUAUACGCUUUAUCUUACUUUUCAGAGCCAGGCCUCAUUCACCCAGAAAAUGACUGCAGCAGCUCAGGAGCUUGAUGAACUCUGCUUCCUGUCGGCGCAGUCCGUUACCAGUCUGAAAGUCUCCGAACACUACAAGGUGGUCAAGCUCCUGGGAGAGGGCUCCUAUGGAAAGGUCAUUUUGGCGGUACACAAAAAGAGAGGAACUCCUAUGGCUCUGAAGUUCUUCCCUCGACAGUCCACCUCCCUCUACUCUUUCCUGCGUGAAUACAACCUCUCGCUCUCCUACUGCACCCAUCCUUCUCUGACCCGGGCUCUUGGGAUCUUCUUCUCCACGCCGACCUACUACGUGUUUGCUCAGCAAGCUGGACUGUACGGUGACCUCUACAGUGUGAUCGUGUCAGAGCUCGGAGUGGAUGAAGAGUGUGUCCAGCGGGUGAUGGCCCAGCUGAGCGGUGCUGUUACACACCUCCACUCCCUGGGCUUCGUCCACCGGGACAUCAAACCCGAGAACAUCUUUCUGUGCGACGCGUCCUGUCGCUGGGUCAAGCUGGGCGACUUCGGCCUGGCCCGGGCCAUCGGGACCACAGUCCGAGCGGUCUGGUACGACUCGCCCUUCUGCACUCCUGAGGUGGAGCCAGGUAAAGAGGCUGAAAAGGAGAUGGAGAGGCGGCUGAGCGAAGGGACUGAGGACGAGAUGGAGGACAUUUGGGUGACAGUGGAGCCCUGCAUCGACAGCUGGGCCCUCGGCAUCCUCGUCUACUGCCUCUUGACCGGCUGCUUCCCCUGGGAGGAGAGCACCCAGGAUGACCGUGGCUACCGCAGGUACAAGGAGUGGUUUGUCAGUGAGGCGGAAAAUAAGGAGAUCAGAGACGUUGGGUGGAGGGGCGAGGAGGAAAAGGACAGUUACAGCAUCAUGGAGAAAAACCAAAGGGACAACCCUCCUCCGUCACAGUUCGGGGGCCUCAGUCCACUUGUGAUGACUCUUUUCAAGGAGCUGCUCCACCCCGAACCCAAACAGCGCGGCAGCCCGGAGGAGAUCCUGAGCUACCUGGGGGGGCCGUGGCUGAAAGAGACAGAGAGGAGGGAGAGGAGGAAAGAAGAGGAGGCAGAGAGGGAGGCCAGAAGAAUCCGAGAGGCAGGUGGAGUGGAGGAAGAACUGCUGCGGGAGGGAAGAGGGGAGAGAUAA